CAAACUAUCAAUGUCCAAAUCAAGGACCAAAGUGAGAAAAACGUAUACUUCAAGGACUAAAGUGUGCAUUAAAGCCUAUUUACAUACUAUUAUUGCCCAAAUCAACGUCAAACCGUUGACUAAUUAUCUAAGAGAAAAAAAAAAAUGCUGAUCGUCCAAAAUAUUACUAUUUUACCCUCCACAUUUCACUCUUCUCCCCCACCUCUCUCUCUCGCAGAAAUUAAAGGAAGAAAAAUACUCACACACACACACACACAAAAAAAGAAAUCACAUUAUUCUCCCAAAACCAUGGCAAGAGGUUCCUCCCAGUCGCAAAACACCGCUUCCUCCACCACCACCCGUCCCGGCGUCAUGGCUCCUCGCGGUUCCGCUGCCGCGACGGCCGGAAUGCGUCGUCGCAGGGUUACGGGAGGCGCUGCUGCCACCUCCGAAUUGACCACCGUCGGCUCCGGAUCGAGCAACAUGCUCCGGUUCUACACAGACGAUGCUCCGGGCUUGAAGAUCUCCCCUACCGUUGUUCUUGUCAUGAGUUUUUGCUUCAUUGCCUUCGUCGUUGCUCUCCACGCUUUUGGCAAGAUCUAUCGCGCCAAAGCUGGAGCCGGAGCUGGACCGUGAAUCAUGACCAGAACGCGGUCUCUUUUUUUUUUUCGGAUCUAUGAGCUGUUCUUGAAUCGGUAACUGAAUAACAAUCGAUUUGGUUUUAACUUUUUGAUACUGUAAAUGAUGGAUGGGUGGCAAGCUUGUAAUUAACUAAUGGUGUUUGAUCCUGUUAUUUUUCAUACCUUCUGUUUUUUUCCCGAGAAAGUGAAUUUAUUUUCUUUCAUUUUGUACA